GGAUCCGUACUCGCAUCCUGGCGUUUGCCUACAGGAAGAUGGCGGCGGUCUCAAUGUCAGUGUCGCUGAGACAGGCGAUGUUGGGGCGAAGGGCAAUGGCUACAGCUGCCGUUUCCGUCUGUAGAGUUCCAUCCAGGUUGUUGAGCACAUCCACUUGGAAGCUGGCAGACAACCAGACUCGGGACACACAGCUUAUAACAGUUGAUGAGAAACUGGAUAUCACAACUUUAACUGGUGUUCCAGAAGAGCACAUCAAAACCAGAAAGGUCAGAAUCUUUGUUCCUGCUCGCAAUAACAUGCAGUCUGGAGUAAAUAACACAAAGAAAUGGAAGAUGGAGUUUGAUACCAGAGAGAGAUGGGAAAAUCCUUUGAUGGGUUGGGCAUCAACCGCUGACCCCCUCUCCAACAUGGUUCUGACCUUCAGUGCCAAAGAAGAUGCAAUUGCCUUUGCAGAAAAAAACGGAUGGAGCUAUGAUGUGGAAGAGAAGAAGGUUCCGAAACCCAAGUCCAAGUCUUAUGGUGCAAACUUUUCUUGGAACAAAAGAACAAGAGUGUCUACAAAAUAGGUUGGAGCUGGCUACAUCUCUGCUUGACUGUGACUGAAGUGUCAGCUGUGCACUAUUUAUAGUCCAUGGAUAAUGCACCUCUUAAUCUCCUAAUAAAUGUGACCUUUAAACUACAGGUACACUUGGCAGUUUCUAUUUUAAGUGUUUUUGAUGUCUUACAUUGAACAUAUUACAGUUCCCUGCACAGACAGAUUUGAGACAUUCACCGCUCUACGAAAUCAGAGCACUUAGAGUUUACCAAUGUGAGUGCCUGGAAUCAGCUGCAGCCUAGGUGGUUUCUGGUUGCUUUUUAUAGCCACUCAAGUCAAUGCCAUGCAUAAACUCCAAGCCAUCCUUACUAAACCACUCUCAGGGAAAUUCUUUUGUCAUGGGUAGAAAAGGACAUGGCUGUACUACAACCCAAUGACUCUCAACUUAAUUCCCUUAUAGCCAACGAUUUCCUGUCUGACUGGAGAUUUGUAUUUCCUCGGUGUUUAUGAACAGAAAAGGAUUUAUCUGUACAAGUUAAGCCCGUUCUUCCCCGUCCCAUGCUCCCAAAAAUAAGGCUCAGUCUCAAUAUAUAUUUACAGAUACCUUGGCCAUAUUGCUAGGCUUUUCUCUGACUAGACCAUAGCUUAAAUCAUCCCAUUUAUUCUAAUCUACAUUCUGCCAUGUGGCUGAUUACUUGUGCUCAGGUACCAUAUGUCUGUUUCCUCACCUCUUCCUGGGAGAAUCUUCCUUGCCUGGCUUUAUCCCAGAAUUCUUUCUGCCUCCCAGAUGUCCACCUUCUAGUCCACCUUUUCCUAUAGGCCAUAGGCUUUUUAAUUGACAAGUGAUGCAUCCGUACAACACAUAAAAUAUUCUCUCUACAGUUGUCCAUACCAGUUCUGCCUUAUGCAUCUGCUGAUUGUGAGAACUUCCAAUGGAGAUCUUUUAUUCUUAGGAAAUAAGUUCAAUACAAAAUAAAAACAAGUGUUUGGAGACCUUUA